AUGGAAGACGUCCUCGCCAAGGCGUGGGCACAAAUCAAGUGGGAGGAAGAUCAAUACAGCCAUCACCGAUCUUCACCAAGCAGACACACUAGAAGAGAUUCCAGGGUGGAUAGACGGACGACCGAGGCGGUCGAAGCUCUUAAGGGGCUCGGAGACAAGGUCAAAUGGCCAGAAAAGUUGAGGACACCAGCUGAUCAGGGGGACAAGUCAAAGUGGUGCAAUUUCUACGCUGAUCUCGGACACCGAACAAAAUAUUGCAUCGCAUUGAAGUUAAAAGUGUCGCACUUACUAAAGCAAGGUCACCUGACUGACCUCCUUACCGACAAGGGACGUCAAACCUUGCAACAAGGCCAAGAUCGUCAGCAAAGCAACACAGAUGUCACCCCGCCUAGACCACCGCAACCUGAUCGAAAGGUGAACGUGAUAACUGGCGGAUCAGAAGUUAGUGGAAUCACUCACUCGGCAGCCAGGAGACACACCAGGCAGGCUGGACAUUUACAAGCUGAACAUGGCAAAGCCGAAAGAAACGCAACCAUCCAGCCGGCACAAACCAUCUCUUUCACCACAUCCGAAUCCACCAGGGAAAUGGGAAUCGACGAAACUAAGAUCAUAAGGAAGAUGACCGUUCUCGUUGGCUUUAGCGGAGAGCAAAAAACCACACUUGGUGAAAUUGAGCUACCCGUCUAUGCUGAAGGGGUCAACCUAUGCACGCGGUUCCUAGUGGUGGAUUCUCCAUCCGCUUACAAUGUCAUUUUGGGUCGACCAUGGAUACACGAGAUGGGGGCUGUACCGUCCACCUACCACCAAGUCCUGAGGUUGAAUGUCGAUCCCGACUACCCUCCAAGGAAGCAAAAGUGA